AUGACAAUCAAGUGGGAAGAAGAAGUGGAGAAGCGACUCUUGGAUUAUAUGAGUCACUCAUCCACAACUGGAAACGAAGCAAAGUUUGCCGAAGUUGUGGCAAAAGACUUGGAGGAUAACGGUUGGACUGUUCAAAAGCAGUUCAUCCCGGACACAGAUCGGUUCAAUGUGUACGCCACAUUUCGAAACUCAGACCCAAAAUAUGUCAAAGUGCUAUUAAACACUCAUCUGGACACAGUUCCUCCGUACUUUCCACCCACCCAGGACGACAAGAACAUCUAUGGAAACGGGUCGAAUGAUGCUAAAGGACAAUUGGCUGCAAUGGUCACAGCCGCCACCAUUAUUUCAAACACCGACGAGGAUGUUGCAAGGGCAUUAGGAUUACUUUUUGUGGUCGGAGAGGAACUUGACCAUGUUGGAAUGAUUGAGGCAAACAAACUUGGUAUCCUUCCAGACUACUUGCUGGUUGGAGAACCCACAGAGUUGAAGUUUGGAACUAUUCAGAAAGGAGCUCUGAAGGUUAAAUUAACCGUAACCGGCCAAGCUGGACAUUCCGGUUAUCCAGAUUCUGGAACAAGUGCCAUUCACAAAAUGGUGGAAGUGCUAAAUGACGUUUUGAAGUUUGAAUGGCCAUCUGACAAGACCUAUGGGUCUACCACUCUCAACGUUGGAAAAAUAGCUGGUGGUCAAGCGUUGAAUGCGUGGGCGGCUCAAUGUGAUGCUGAUAUAUUCUUCCGUGUCGUUACUUCGGUCAAAAAUAUUGAAGAACUACUGAACAAGGUUGUUGAUGGCCGUGCUGAGGUUACUCUUCUGAGUUCCAACGACCCUGUGAUCCUGGAUGUUCCACCUAUUGAAGCAGAAACCGAUCAAGUGUCAUUCAAUACUGAUAUUGCUUACUUUGACGCGAAGGACAAGGUUAAGGCAAAAUAUCUGUUUGGAGGAGGCUCUAUCAAGAAUGCCCAUUCGAAAAAUGAAUUCAUUCCAAAAGAUGAACUACACAAGUGCACUUCUACUUUGGUCAAGCUUGUUCAUAAUUUGUAUUCCCAUCAUUAA